AUGACGGCGUUAUUUAAAUCUCUGAAAACACUUGAACGUUUAAAUGUAUCAUAUUCAACAAUUGCAGAUACAUGGGGUAACGAUAUCACACAGGAAGAUAUGUCACAUGUAAAGGUUGUUGACAUGAGUCACGCGACUUUACCAGCUAAGAUAGUCCCACUUUUUCCUGGAAAAUAUAUCAUUGCAAAUAAGACAGCCAAUUAUUCCGAAGUGAGAAAUUUAGACGAACUGAAAAAUAUUUUAACACCGACAGUUAUAAAUGUAAGUGGGGUUUUUCCUGAACCCUCGUCCGGAUGGAUCUAUAAUUGCACUCUUAAAAUUGAUGAACCGUUACACUGGAAUGUAAAGCAGCUAAUUCUUAGUAAAAACAAUUUAAAUUACCUUGACCUUGUCGUAAAAUGUCCCAUAUUUAAAAUUUCGUCUCUUGUCGAUCUAGAUUUGUCGGAUAAUGAACUGCAAAUGUUACAACCAAUGUCUUGUGUGCCGAAUUUAGAAAGAGUUGACUUAUCUAAAAAUAACUUAUUUAUGAUGAUACAAAAGGAACCAGAUCUGUUUGGAGAUUUGCUAACUACUCAAACUAAAUUACGGUUUAUCAACCUAGCAAAAAAUCAACUUUCAAAGGUACCAUCAAAAUUGUUCAAAAACUGUAAAAAUGUUGAAAUUAUUGAUCUCUCCUACAACAAGCUUGAGCAAUUACAUCUCGAUCUAAUUGACUUACAUCAUCUCCGUGUUCUUGAUGUUAGUCAUAACAACAUUAAGGUACUUGAUGAGGUUUCCAUCGACAAAGUAAAAGGAAUUCCAUGCGCAAAGUCACUGAUGUAUGGGGAAAACCAAUGUUCAGUCGUCUUCACAUCCAAUCCGAUCAGGUGUUCAACAUGUGUCACUAAACCUUUUAUUCAAUGGCUUGUUAAUUCAAAGAAGGUCGAUGUGAAAACCCAAGGUCUUUCUUGCACAAGGGAAGAUGGCACAGAUGUAAACGUUGACGUGUCUGUUGUAAGUAAAGUUCAAAAUAUCUGUAAUAGAAAAACAGUCAUUAUUGUUACGAUUGUUUCCACAGGUGUGACUUUACUGACAGUUACUACGCUGUUGUCCUUAUUAUACAGGCGAAAACAAAAGAUCCAGAGAAAGAGAAAAAUGGAGAAUAUAGUUAACAAGCUAAUCGAAGGAGAAGGACAAUACGAAUUUGUUGCGUUUCUGUCGUACAGCAGUAGAGAUGAUCAAUUUGUACAAGAAAACGUGAUUGAUCAACUCAACGAGAAUCUUCAGUUGAUGACCGGGAUAGAUCGGAAUCUUGUCUGCACGGGAGACCAGCAUUUGCGUCCUGGCUUCAUUGUACACGAUGAGAUCACCAAAUGCCUAGACAGAGCUUCAGUGAUCAUUAUUGUUGUGUCCAAUAACUUCUGCCGCAGUGCGUAUUGUCAAAAUGAGUUUGAUCAGGCCUAUAUGCAGAGGAAACCAAUAAUUCUGAUGUUGAUGGAACAUGUGAAGGAGGAAUUAAUGAUGCCUACACUUAGGCAACUAUACAAAAGGGAUGUUCGGAUUUUGUGGACAGUUGAGAAUGGACAAUAUGUACUGAAAACUGCAUGGGAAAAUGUGUGCAGAUCAGUUCUGGAUAAAGUUCAGGUUUAG